AUGAGGGCCAAAAUACCAACUAUUAACUAUGAUGAUGCACCUUUUUCCGGCUUCUUCACUUCACCUCUCUUUGCCUUGGAUCCCACAGAUCCUCAGUUCAAAAGGAGUGCAGCUUAUGCUCGGCAGAUAGCACAGAAGCAACAGAAAGGUAACCAGGAAAGUAUAGGGGAAGAAGAUCAUACAGUGUCAACUAGGCAAGCUCAGUUAUCUGAUAACCUGGAGACUAACAGAGCUGAGCAGUUGCGGUCUAACGGGUUGCCCUCAGAAAAAGAGAAGCACGAGCUCUCUCAUUUGGUUAGGUCAAUUAAGAUGAAGUCCAAGCAGGUUCCUUUGCCCUGUAACAAUAAGGUGUCACGGAAAAAGGACAGAUCACAACUUAAUACGAAGGCAAGAAAGUGA